AUGAAAGCCAGUCAAUGUGUUUGCCAAAUCGUAUCAACCUUGUUGCUGUUGUUGAUUUUAUUUCAAACAGUCCAUUUGAAGUUAUACAUCCCAGGCCUGCCACAAAAACGCUACAUUCGGCAAGGGGACAUAAAUCUGGGCGCUAUUUUCUCCGUGUACAAGUACAGUGCGGAACGUCCGUGUGGGAACUCUCUAAGAAGUCCUAUUGUCCUUCAGUUCAUAGAAGCGAUGGUCUACGCCGUUGAGCGUGUUAACAACGACAGCAGCGUCCUGCCCAACGUUUCUCUCGGUUUCGUUAUUCUCGACGAUUGUCUGAAAGCGUCCACGACCGGUGCGCAAGUUCUUUCUUUCAUACCGGAUAUUGGGGACUACUUCUGCAAUGGAUCGUGUCCCUCCGUUGAUGUCAUCACAUCCUAUGACGUUGUCGGCGUCGUCGGGUCCACGAAAAGCUCGACGUCGAUCGCGGCGGCAACGAUCCUUGGUCCCGCACAACUUCCACAGAUCAGCUACUCCUCAACCAGCGACGAACUCAGCAACAAGGUGUUGUACCCUUACUUCCUGAGAGUCGUGCCCACCGACGAGUUCCAGACGUUGGCUAUGGCCACCUUCAUCGACCACUACGGCUGGAUCUACGUAUCGGUCGUGUACUCGGCCGGCAGCUACGGCGAGCUGGGCUACACCCACUUGAAGAAGUACGCAGACGAGAAGGGCAUCUGCAUCGCAACGGCGCAGAAACUCGAAGAAGGAGCCGGCGAAGAGGAGUACAACGCCGUGGCCAAGGCCCUCGUUGGCCACAUCGACGCCAGGGUCGUCGUAGUCUUCAGCGGGCCGCUUCAGGCGAAACAGCUAUUCCGGGCCAUCAGGCGUCUGAAGCAGGAGAGACAGUUCAUAUGGAUCGGCAGCGACGGCUGGGCGAAGCGGAUUGCCAAUCUCGGGGAGUUCUGGGACGUUGCCCUCGGCGCCUUCACCUUCAGUUUUUACUCAGAGUCCGUGCCGGAAUACGAGACGUGGUUCAAAGCCAAGCGACCUCUCAGUGAGACAAACCCGUGGUUCAAAGAGUUCUGGGAGAGUCAUUUCAAAUGUUCUUUUUCUGCCGUUCCCGCCACGUGUAACGAUAGUGAUGUUCUGUCGUCUGCCAACGGGUUCAAGCCCGUACCAACGGUAACGCCAGUGAUGGACGCCGUCUACACGUUUGCCAAUGCCUUAGACAGACUCUUAAAAGACAACUGCUCGACUGUCGUAGGAUCUGACGUCCAUUCCUGUAUUAACGGACCGGAUCUCUUACAAUACCUGAAGACCACCGCCUUUGAGGCAGAAAAUGGCUUCGUAUUGUUCGAUGCCAAUGGAAACAUACUGGGUAAACACAUCAUAGAGCAGCUCGUCGAGGGCAGUCCUUACAGCCAGACUACGAUCGGGAUCUACAGCUCCGUGACCCUGAACAUCACAUUCAGUAACAACCCCACCUGGAAGUAUCUCAACUGGACGGCCAAUUCCAGUUCCGUCCCGGAGGCCGUCUGCAGCAAGCCGUGCGAGCCGGGCGAGUUCCGGAUACAGAAGCAGCCUCUCUGCUGCUGGUCGUGCAAGGCGUGCCGUCAGAACGAGAUCCUCACGGAGAACGGAACCGACUGCGCCAGCUGCGCCGAGUUCUACUGGCCCGACAGGCGCACGAACUACACGACGUGCACGCGCAUCGCCGCCAAGUACAUCCACUGGGGGGACAUCCUCGCCAUCCUCCUCGUCUCCGCGUCCAUUCUCGGCUUCGUCGGCACUCUGGCUGUCUUCGUCUUCUACGUCAAACACAAUUCGGCCAGGUGCAUCAAGGCGUCGAGCAGAGAACUCAGCUACCUCAUGAUAGCUGGCAUUUUUGUAGGGUACUGCACAGUGGCGGGACUGCUGGCGCCACCUACCGACGUCUCGUGCAAGGUGAACCUGUUCCUCUUCUGUCUCAGCUGCUCAUGGGUGUACGGUCCACUUCUGACGAGAACCAUUCGAAUCUACAGAAUAUUCGAAGCAGGAAAGAAAUCCAACAAGAGGCCGUCGUUUAUUAGUUCCAAGGCGCAGUUCUUUGCCGCCGGGUGUCUUAUCGCAAUCCAGGUUGUGAUCAGCACGUAUGUUACCAUCGCCCGCAGCCCGACCGCCAAAUACUCGAUGCCGGUGGUCACGGAGCGUUACGUGGAGCUGAGCUGCGACCUUGACCUCGACGGCUGGAUCUCGUUCCUCGUCUACAACCUGCUGCUGGUCGUCUGUUGCUCGCUGUUCGCCUUCAAGACCCGCAAACUUCCCGACAACUUCAACGAGUCGCGCUUCAUCUCCAUGUGCGUCUACACGACGCUCGUCAUCUGGAUGGCCUUCAUUCCGUCAUACUUCACGGCCGGAAAGGAGCACCUAAAAACCAUGCUGCUCUCCAUAGCGCUGCUUCUUAACGACACGGUGGCCAUCGUGUUUUUGUACCUGCCAAAGAUAUACGCCACGCUGUACGUGCAGAGCGAGAGUCGGGCCGAGACGUCGAAACGGAGCACGAUGAACUUUUCUCUGAACACUGGGGCCGAUACCGCCGUCUCGACUAUUCAAGGGCCAAGUCGGGGGACCAAUCGGGGGCCCAGCUUGUCCGUGGUGGAGCCUCUUGAAGAUAUGUUGCCUCCUAACAUGGAAUAG